AUGCACGUGCGUGUCAAGGCACGCACCCCGCUGAUACGUACACGCCUGCCUUUGCGAGGGCAUUCAAGUAUUCCGUCGCUUGCCAAGAAGACCGAUCAGCCGUUGGUACGGCCGUCGGCGCAGAUGAGGGCCCCAGGACCGCCGGCUCCUCGCAAGUCGUGUGGCGGCGAGCGGAAGAGCGCGUCAUCGGUUCGGCACAGCAACGCCAACGGCGUCGACAACGCUCCAGCCAACAUGCGCGCCCUCUCGCACCGCAGCGCGUUAACCGUCUGCGACUCCGUCAGCGUAUCGAGACGCUUCGAGGGCCAGUCGCGCUGCUCUGCGGUGGCUGUAGAUGGCACGGUAUGGACGGGAGAGACGGACGGCACCAUCUUGAUUCGCCUUGUACCCAGCGGGAUGGAGGUGCGCCGCAUUGCGCCCAUCGGCCGCGCCGCGGUGCUCGUCAUGAAGAACGUCAGCGGCAACAUGUGGGCCGGAUACUCCGACGGCGCCAUCCGCGUCUUUGACCACGUGACCCAGAAAGUGCUGCGUCAGUCAACGCAGCACACGGCUGCUGUGUACGCGAUGUGCGCCGCGGACGGCUAUGUGUUUACGGGUGGCGCGGACGGUAAGGUGUACCAGUGGAUGGCGGACGAUCUGCACUACAGCCACAUGUACUACGGCCACCGCAACGCGGUGCGCAGCUUGACGACGUACACGGAUCAGAAAAGUCGCUGCCGCUACGUUGUGUCUGGCAGCGACGAUGGUACAGUCAAGGUGUGGGAGGCGACGGUGGCGAAAACGAGCGGCACCCCAAGGAAGGAUGGCGGCUGCGUCUCCACGCUAGAUGGGCAGGGUCGCUGUGUGCUGAGCAUUCUGGUGCUGGAGGACGCGGCCGAGCUGUGGGCCGGUAGCGAGGACUCAGUGAUCCGCGUGUGGGACCUUUCCUCGAUGACUGUCACCACCGUUAUCACCGGACACCGUGCGCCGGUCGUGACGCUGCUUAAGGUGGGGGAUACCGUGUGGUCUGGCAGCAAGGACGGCGCCAUUACCAUCACGAAUCGCUUCUCCAAGGAUAUUGUCCACCAGGCCUCGCAGCCACCAGCGAACCGCAGUGCCGCCCCCGGCGGGCAGCGAUCGAGCGUGUCGAUCCUGCCCGUCACUCGCACCGUUGUGUACGAGGUGUGGGCCACGGCGGUGGAUGGGUCGUGGCAGUGCUGGAACUUCACGGUGCCGGAAGGCGUGAAGUCGUACGUCGAAGAAGCGGACGUCUUGAAGGGUGGGUGGUGUCCCUCGCACAGCCGGCCGCAGCGCCUGUCGCGCGUGGGCCAACGCAGCAGCCGCAACGUACGCAGCAGCUCUGUCAACGAGUACAGUGAAAACGGCUUGCACUCCGCGAGUGCGCGGGCGCGCCGCAGCGACGAGAAACUGCGUGCGAGCGUCGCGCAAACACGGCGCACAGUGGCAGUUCUGCUGGCGGGUUCAAAGGUGCACCAGGGCCUUGGUGCACACAACGGAAACGGCUUCGCACACCGCAACGAGGCUGCUAGCGUGGACAUCGUGGACGACGACGACACCCCUCUCGAUAUCGUGGCUGAGUCUAUCCGCAACGAUCACACGGCCGAGACGCAGAGAGAAGUCCAGCUCAAGCAGGCAGCGCUUGCAAAGGAAAGGCGGAAGAGCGCCAAGCUGCGCGCGGCGCUGGAGAUGAUGUGCAAGGACCCGGUGGCCAUCGCCGAGGAGGGUGCAAAGAAGGUUUUCAGACGGACGGAUUCGCUCGUCAUCGCCGAGACGCUCGCGAUGGAGCGGCAGAGCGGCAAGCUGGGCAGCCCAACGACGGAGAAGUUGGUCGGGGUGUCCUCGCAACUGGAGCUACUGAAAGCGCAGAACAAGGCCAUGGCGGCGGCUGUGACCGAGUCCAAGAAGGUGCCUGACUAG